ACGAAAGAAUUUUGAACUUUAAGCGCCGUGUGUUUGGACCCGUUAGCCUGCCACUUCCAUCAUCUAUCAACAACAAGAAAAAAAAAACGUGUUUUGUGUGAAAUAUGGACCUGUUUUUAAAAGACCAACUGCAAAGGAAUAGCCUUGCCUUCAAAAUGUCACUGGACCGAAUCGCAGAAAAGUACUCAAAGCCUCAGUACCAACACGGGGGGAUGGAGGUGGACAUCAACAACAUAAAUUUCCGAGCCCUUGAAGGCUACAUGCAACAGUCAAGAAUGGAGAUGAACAAGCUGGAAUCACAGAGCCUGACAGAUGUGAGAGACGACUCCUUGAGAUACCAGGACAUUACAGGAGACUCUCAGUUGGACUUCACGUAUGAAGAUGGUGACGCAGUGGAGAGUUGUGUUUCCUCUGCUCAGUUCUUGGAGAAUCCUGAGAUGGCUUCAAGUCACACAACUCAUCUGACCGUGAGCUCGUUGGAUGAGACACAGAGGAGCCUUUCUGAGCUCCUGCCUGAGGACCUCGAUGAAGACCUCGAAAUGUCUCUGAGAAGUCACGGCAGCUCUCUGGUGGACCUCUACCCCAGCAUGAUCAGUCGAAUAGGGAAGGCCUGGCAUCGACAGCACGUCUCCGAUGCCGCUGGCUCGGUGCUGAAGAGGUACCGCAGAUGGCGACAGAAGCCGAACAGAAGCGUUAAUAACACCUUCGUCGUAACGCGGAGACGGGGCGAUCCAAAUAAGACAAUCAGCAAUACGCUGCUCAAUGAGACUUUGAACAGCCCUGUGAAAAUCCAGUACCUGGAGGCUGAUGCUACCCCUCGGUCUCCCUCGAUGAAAAUGACCAGUGCGAAUGAUUGGCAGACACAUCAUCAGUCUCCCAGGAGGAUGAGAGGCUCACAGCACCAGCCUGUCCUCGUCAUGGACUUCUCUGAUUCCUCUGAGACCUAUAAACCGAAAGAUUUCUCGCUAAAUGAGACUUUUGAUGUGUCAGAACAGCCGUUCGCUUACGCUGUCAGCCCCUCACGACCUUUCUAUCCCACGGCAAAAGCAUCCUUAGACCUGUCUCUCAGGUCAAAAAGACUGUCUCUCGCUGCACCCUCACCGCAGACUGAUGUUUGGUCCAUGUGUGCAUCACAAGAGAGACAAGACAUCUAUCGUUCCCCAGUCAGGAAGAGUCCCUUAAAAGCAAGAAUGUUAGCCGGCCUCAUUAGAUCACCGUUCUCCAGAAGCCCCAGUGCACAGUCUGUGGAAAGUGUUUCCAGAGUGCCCACGCGGCGCAGAUCCUUGUCUACAUCCCUCUCCUCUCCACUCAAGCCAACUGUGCAACCAAGGAUGCUUUACGCUCAAGACUCCCAUCGUCCCCUGCAGCCACAGCUGCCCUCACCUCAGUCAGCAGCAGGAGAACGCCACAGGCUCCGUCGGCAUCUUUCCUUCGACUCCUCCAUCCUACAGUCGACCCAUGUCUCCUACUUGCCGAAGAAAAUUGACGAGGACUUUAUAAAACUCUACCACAAGUUUGUCUGCCAAGACAAAUCAUCUCCCUUUAAGGGGGCUCUGUGCCGUUACUGCGCUAGAAGCUCCGAGGCCAGCAGAGGCCACUCUUCCUCAGCUCUGGCCGCCCUCGCCUUGUCACCACACCGCUCCCUCCUGAGGAAACGCCACAGGGUGAUGAGCUGGGACUGCCAUCCCCAGUCGAAACGCCCCAGGGACGAGUAUUCCUCGCCGGGGUCCAGACGCCAUCAGAUGCUGAGGUGCCGUCUCUCUGCGUCUGAAAAUGAGCUGUCUCAAGAUCGCUUCUCCUUCAGCCCGAGUAAACGCAGCCUGUUUCAAAGAUACAGCAGCCAGCAGCGCUCAGCAGACCCACAUCAGGAGACCUGGAUGAGUCGAGGCCGCGAUUUAUCUGCAGCUGACUGUUCCAGCCUGGGAAGUUCACUUGAAAGCAACAUGACCUACAGCCGAUCCCCGAGAAAAUGGUGGUGAACAGGGAGAACAACAGCCUGUCCUCAAACAAGUAUCGCUGUGGGCAACUACUGUCAUGUAGCAAAUAUCAGUAUGUAGCAGCGUGAGGUUUCUGAUACAAAUGUUGGUGUAAAUUACACGUGACAAUCAAAAGGGAAGCAAUUGUGUCCCUCAGCUGGCGUGAGCAGCAUGAGCUCAGGAAAUGAUUUUAAACUGCAACUUUUGUGACAUGUUAAAGGAACACUUCACCCAAAAAUGAAAAAUCAGUCAUUUACUUCACAUCUUCGUGCAGAUGGAAAAUCAAGUGAAGUUUCAUAAUCCACAAAACUGGAGCAACAAAGAAAUAAACAGCAUUCUUCUAAUCAUUUCAGCAUGUUCGGCAAAAUCCAAAUAUCUAGAAGCCCGGAGAUCCUGAAUUUAAUUGAUAAGACGUUAUUUAUGCCAUAAACGUGCAGCGGAGCUCUUACACCCUCUUCAGACAGGGUGGGUGCUAACGCUUUAGCUAAGUAGCUGCGGUAAAAUUUGGGUUUGAAAAUGGUGUAAAUCACGUCUUUUCAAAUCAGUUUCAGAUCUGAAGGCCAUUCCAUGUUCUUUUUUUCAUUUUAAGACAAGUCCCCAUCUAGUUGUUUAAAAAAGCUGCUUUUCUGUGAAGCAGAAAUGUUCUGAGGAAUAAGAAACUAUACCUAGCUUUCAAGGCACGGGGAUGGGUAAAUGACUCAAUUUUAAUUAAUGAGUGAACUUUCCCUUUAAAGAUAUAAAUGGUCAUGGCUUGGGUUCCUCUUUUUAAUGUUAUGUUUUUUUGUACAUUUGAUGCCAUCUGUGAAGUGUGCAUGACUGUGGGUUGCACCCUUGGAUGUUCAAUAACUAAAUGUUAACAGUGUAAUGUUUAUUUUUAAUACUUGUUCAUUAUUAAAAUGUAAUAAUUGUAUAUUGUGUCAUGUGAAAAUGAACUUUCUGAAGAAAAAUGAAUUCUUAAUGCAGUUUCUGUUUAUUUAACUUUUCAAAUAUAUUCAUGUAAUGCUCAAAGUUAAGAAACCCAAAAAAAAUAUUCCAAACAGCCACACUCAAAAGAGGUCAAGUUAAAGGUAGAAAAGUACACUUGUUAAGGAAAAUAAAGACAAUUUCAUGUUUUGGUCA